UCAUUAAUAAAAGACCCCAAGGGAAAAAAAAGAAAGGGUAAGUAGAUUGUGUUAAUCAUUAAGCUUGCCUUAUGGACAACUAUGGACUUUUACUUUGGAACUAUUUGACCAGGGCACAAACGUGUUAGGUGAGUUACAAUCUGACAUCAAUGAGUUACCUGCAAGGCAGUUGCAGGCUUGGCUUUAAACAGAUAAUAAGGCUAUAUGGUCUCUUGCAGAAGAAUAUAACCUUGUGAGAAGCAAAAUCACCUGGAAAGGAAAGACAAUUUCUCCAUUGACUCUUGAUUUUCAGGAAUAGAGAAAUCAUGAUACUUCAAUCAAAAUGGAUGAUGCUUAUAAUUACUGAGUGAUCUUAGGGUGGAUGUUUCAUUUAAGUAUAUAAGAUGAUUACUUUAAUACUCUCAUUGAUGAAUAUUGAGAUGUUCCUCUUGGGAGCAUCUUGUAGAAAAUGGCAUAUCAUACCUGAAGAGGGCAGCAUUGCUGGAGGAACAUGGAUCACCAUUAUUUUUGAUGGUUUGGAAUGGAGUUUCCUCUAUCCCACCAAUGGCUCCCAAUUGGAGAUAAGUCUGGUAAAUGUGGAAAUUCCGCAGCUGCCACAUGUCCCAUGUGAUGUGUCUCCUGUCUAUGAAGAUUUUUCUGUGGUCAGAUGCCAAACUAGGUCUCUUCAGUGGGAGGCACAGGAAGGCACUUACUAUCUGGAAGUUCGUUCUGACGGGCAGUUGUUGAACAAUCUGAGUGAUGGUUCAUGGGAUAACUGUACUUUCAAGUUUUCCAAGACACAAACACCCAUUGUUUACCAAGUUAACCCCCGGGUUGGAGUACCAGGAAACUUAAUACAAGUCCAUGGCUGGAUUAUUACUGGAAGGACUGAAACCUUUGAUAAUGAUGUUGAAUACAUUGAUAGCCCAGUCAUUCUUCAGGCCCAGGAAGGAAAAUGGAAUACACCCUGCUCUCUUGUGGACAGAGAGACUGGAAACAGGUAUCCAGUUGAGGAGAACUUUGGCCUAGGAACUUUGCAGUGUCGGGUAGAAGGCCACUACAUUGGUUCACAGAAUGUUAGCUUCUCCAUAUUUAACAAAGGAAGGUCAGUUGUACACAAGGAUGCAUGGCUGAUCAGUGCCAAGCAGGAGCUUUUCUUGUUUCAGACUUACUCAGAAAUAUUAUCUGUGUUUCCAACAACUGGGAGCCUGGGUGGAGGAACAGACAUCACCAUCACAGGAGACUUCUUUGAUAGUUCUGCCCAGGUUACUGUUGCAGGUAUCCCAUGUGAAAUCAAAUACAUCUCUCCAAGGAAGAUUGAGUGUACCACUAGACCCCUGAAGCAGAGUACAAAACUCGCAUCUCCUCAACCAGGCAAUCGAGGACUUCUCUUUGAAGCUGGAAAUGUUCAGGAAGGCCUCGACCUCACCAAUUCUACUCCUGGCUACAGAUGGCAGAUUGUUCCCAAUGCUAGUUCUCCAUUUGGAUUCUGGUCAGAGGAAGGGCAACAUUACAGGGCUCGGCUCAGUGGAUUCUUUGUUGCCCCAGAGACAAAUAACUAUACUUUUUGGAUCCAGGCAGAUAGCCCAGCCUCUUUAUACUUCAGUCAAUCAGAAGAUCCAGGGACCAAGGUAAAAAUAGCUUUCAUUCAUGAUGGCAUAGCUGACUGGUUUGAUUCCUGGGAGAUGAAUGGGCAUUUGGAGACCUGGCAACAGAAGUCCCCAAAGUUGGAAUUGUUGGGUGGAACAAAGUACUACCUGGAAGCUGAACACUAUGGCAUAACUCCUAGUCGUGGGAUGAGCAUUGGGGUCCAGAUUCACAACACCUGGCUGAAUCCUGAUGUGAUCAAUACCUACCACCGGGAGAAGCUCCAGAUCCGAGCCAGUGCUCAGAGGCUCCCAGAGAUACAGAUGCUAAAAGUGACUGGCACAGGAAAAUUUUGUCUCACCUGGGAUGGUGUCUCCAGCCUGCCAGUGACUGUAAAUGCGACUGCUGCCCAGAUCCAAAGAGUGAUAGAGGAACUGCUCACAAUAAAAUGCAAACUGGAACCACUUUCAGCUCAAAUACUUCUCCGGUUUGGAUUUGAACAAGGUCAACAAGAUUCUGGUCCUGAUGGGGACCUUAGUAGUGGGACAGAGCCCUUCUGUGGGCGGUUCAGCAUCCACCAGCCUCAACAAAUUGUUAGAAUAUCAGAAACCAUGCGGAUGAGAUACCAACUUGGUCAAUAUACACAUUUGUGCUUUGCAUAUAAAGGCCACUUGAAUGAUACCAUGAUCAUCUCAGUAUCCUUCAAAAAUAAAUUUCAUAAGAUUGUAAAGAAGAAGAUUGCUUGUCGAUGGAAUACAGAGCAGCUGAGGACUGAAAGCUGGAAGUUUGUUUGUAAAGACCUCUGGGAAACAUGUGUGCAUCACUCUGAAGACCUCCAUGACCGUCUGAACAACUCUCCUGUGGUGGUGCAUCAGAUUGAUGUGUUUCCCCAAGUACAUGAGAAGAGCCAAUUCUACAUAGAUGAAAUUAUUGUUGCAGAUAGAAACCUAACAGUUUCCCAAGUCAAUUCCAGGACAGCUCGCCCAGGGGGGAAACUCAUCGAAACUGUUUCUGUGACUGGAAUACCACCAACCUAUAACAUAACCCUAUGGCUGGCAGGAUGUGGCAGUGAACUUCCUCUCAUUCAGCCUUGCUACUUAGCACCAGAAGAAGCCAAUGAAGACCCAAGAAGGAUCAGUGUGACAGUCCAGAGACUCCAAAGUAUAAGUCCACCUUUAAGAGGACAUUUUCAGAUCCAACUUCCUAAGACAGUGAUACCUGGCAUCCCCAUACACAUUUCUGCUCAUGACCUUCGUGAGCUCCUUCAGGGCAGCAAUGAUGAUUUUGCAGCUCAAUUCUUCACUGUCAGUGACUUUAAGGUGCAGAAAGAUUUAAACACCUGCUAUGAACAUGUGUGGACCCUCACCUGGAUGUCCCAAACAGGAGAUUUGCCCAAUAUCAUCAGUGUCUCUGCAGAAAACCUAACUGGUGUGAAUCCAACUGUGAACACCCAGGUAGUUUAUGAUGGUGGUGUUUUUCUUGGACCCAUAUUUGGAGAUAUGUUGGUUACUCCCAAUAUAUAUCCUCAGGUAACAGUGAGAGUCAAUGACAUACCUGCUCAUUGUUUGGGUUCAUGCUCUUUCCAAUACCACCAAGAAGCAACCCCAUUACUUCAAGCUGCCUGGUACUCUUAUGGUGAUAACAGUAACCUGCUUGUCUAUAUUAUGGGAUCUGGUUUUCCUGGAGAUUCUGAAGCUUUGAAGAUUGAGGUGAAUCAACAGAUCUGUGAAGUCAUGUUCUCAAACCAAACUUAUGUGACCUGCCAGAUCGACUUCUUACCAAUUGGAAAUUAUGAGGUGGUGAUGUUGAUAAAGCACAUUGGCUUUGCACUCAAUGUCAGUGGAGGAGAGGGCAUCUACUUCAACAUUGAACCCAAACUGAAAGUAGUGAAGCCUUCUGUAGCUUCAGAGAUUGGAGGAUUUUGGGCCACUAUUGAAGGGACAAGUUUGGAAGAAGUAAACCUGGUGUUAUUUGGAUCUCAACCUUGUCCCAUCAACAUCUCCUCCAGGAGCAUGGAAAGAAUCCAAUGCAAAGUCCCACCUUGGACUGAUUUUCAGGGGAAUGGUAGUGGAAUGCUUAUGAAUGUGACCAUCAUCACCAGGAACCUGACAUUAACUUAUCUUGAGGCAUUCAAGUAUACUCCUUCUUUAAAUCCAGUUAUCAUGUCCCUGAGCAGAAACAGAAGCAACACAGCAGGAGAUCAGACACUAUUCAUUGGAACUACAUCUCUGGAGAAUUAUACAGACUUGGAUGUUAAAGUUCAUAUUCAGGAUACUUUGGCUCAGGUCCUAAAACAAGAGCCUCAAGGUCUGGAGGUGACACUGCCUCCCUUGCCAACAGGGUGGCACAGCAUUUCAGUCACAAUGAAUGGUGUCAACAUCAGCUCAGAGGGAGUUGAUCUUCAAAUCCAGUAUAUUACCAAAGUCCUUUGGACUGAACCUUGUUGUGGGUCCCUUUUGGGUGGAACUACUCUUACAAUCUCUGGAAUUGGCUUCAGCAAGGAUUCAUCUCUAGUUUCAGUAUCAGUGGGCAACCAGACCUGCAGCAUUGUGAACUCAACUGAAGAGACCAUCUGGUGUGAGACUUUAUCAGCUCCUCGCUUGCCUGGUACAGAGCCUCAAGCUGUCGUGCUUCCAAUAGAAGUCUCAAUUGGCAAUAUCUGUGCCCCCCAUGAUCCCUCAUUUGACUUGGGAAAGAAGGACUUUACCUUUAUAUACCACACAGCUUUAACUCCUUAUGUGACUGCCAUGCAAGGGCAAAUCAGAGGUGAUAUCCUGGAGCUACAUGUGGAAGGAAAUAACAUAUCUAAAUCAAUUGUCCUCCUGGGGGAUAUGAAGUGUGACCUUGAGCUACAAUCCUUCAGUUUCAACAGAACUCAGUAUUUCUGUUCCUUACCACUAGCAAAUGUGGAAGCUGGGAUUUAUCCCAUCCAGGUUUUUCAGAAGGAUAUGGGAUUUGCAAAUAUAUCUGCUAUUCCCUACAGUUUCACAGUGUCCCCCCAGGUUGCUGACAUCUUUCCCACCCAUGGAUCAGUAUGUGGAGGGACAAUGCUUACUAUAACGGGCUUGGCUUUCAAGUCCAGAAUGAAUUUAGUGCGGGUUGACCUCUCUGGCCCUCAUACUUGUACCAUCUGGAACUGGGAUGACCAAAUGAUCCUCUGCCAGGUUAGCCUUGUGGGGUACCUCCCUAAAGCAUCAUUUGCCCUGAAUGUCACAAUCACUGCUAAUGGGAUAAGCAGUGAGUGCCAAGGAAACUGUACAUUCUAUUUGCAGGAAGAGGCAACUCCCAUUAUAGACACAAUGACUACCAGCGUCAGUGGAACUUUGACUACCAUGUGGAUUGGUGGUCAAAAGUUAGCCACAGCCACUGAUGAGCUGGUGGUUUUAAUUGAUGACUGUCUUUCCUGUGACAUAACCUACUAUAAUGCAACUCAGGUGGAAUGUCAACUGAGUGACUUGGGACCUGGUCUACAUCAUUUUUCACUUCUUAAUAAGAGAAGCGGCUUUGCUUGUCUACCCACCCUACCUUCCCAUUUCAGUGUUGCUCCUCGGGUGCUUGGGUAUCACCCUCAGAAUUUUGGUGUCAAUGGUGGAGGUCUCUUGACCAUUGAGGGCACAAUGCUGAGGGGACAGAACACAACUUUAGUCUUGGUAGGACACCAAGCCUGCCUCACUGUGAAUAUUAUUAGUUCUGUGCUCAUCCAGUGUAUUGUUCCCCCAGGCAAUGGGACAGUUGUCCUGGAAAUAGAAGUAGAUGGUAACUUAUAUGAAGUGGGGAUGAUUGGUUACAGUGAUAUCUUCACCCCGAAAUUACUUUCCAUUCUUCAAAUUGAUGGUUUGAUUGUAACCUUCAUGGUAGACCGAACCACCGGUGCUAAGAACAUGCGGAUUUUUAUUGGAACAUCACCAUGUGUAGGCAUCUUGGGGAACCACACAGUCUUACAAUGCACAGUUUCUCAGCUUCCUGCUGGAAAAUAUCAAGUCAAAGGUCAUGACCAUCUCAGAGGUUGGGCUUCCUCAACAUUGGUGUUCACCUCUAAAGUAAUCAUUACAUCAAUCUAUAGUAACUUUGGCUGUCUAGAGGGAAGACUACUACAUGUUCAUGGAAGUGGUUUUUCUCCAGGGAACAUAUCUGCUACUAUCUGUGGUGUCCCCUGCGAAAUCUUGGACAAUGCUACGGUGACCAGCUUCAGCUGCCUUGUGCUACCAUUAGAUGACUCCUUGGCUUUCCUGUGCAACCUAAGGCCCUUGGAGGAAAACUGUGAUGCUACCAAGGCUACCUAUAUUCAGUGUGAAUUGAUUAUCACCAUAGGGACCAACAGUCUGUUAAGAUCUUGGUGUUACAUCUACAUGUGUGAAGAAAGUCCUUGGUGUACCUUAACUCUGGACCAUCAGGUAGCCUCAUCCCUGAGAUUAUUCUCUGGAUUUUUCAUGAGCCCUAAAGUGGAAAGAGAUGAAGUUCUCAUCUAUAAUAGCUCCUGUAACAUUACCAUGGAAACUGAGGCAGAGAUGGAGUGUGAGGCACCUAAUCAGCCAAUUACCGCCAAGAUUACUGAGAUACGGAAAAACUGGGGCCAGAACACUCAGGACCACUUUCAUGUACAGGUCUGUCGUAGAUGGUCCAGAGCUUAUAGUUGGAUUCCCCAAAGUCGACCACAAGAUGGCGACAACGUCACAGUGGAGAGCGGUCAAACCCUGCUACUUGACAUCACUACUAGUGUUCUCAGUAUGCUGCAUAUUAAAGGUGGUAAGCUGAUGUUUACUGGCCCAGGACCCAUUGAGCUCCAUGCUCACUACAUCCUUGUGUCACAUGGUGGUGUGUUCCAGAUAGGAUCCCAGAAUGAACCUUACCAUGGCAAAGCUUUGAUUCUCCUCCAUGGGAAUUCUCCUUCCACCACCUUCUUUCCAUAUGGAGCCAAAUUUCUCGCUGUGAGGAAUGGGACACUGUCUCUGCAUGGCCUGAUGCCAGAGGUGAGUUUCACUUAUCUACGGACUGCAGUUCAAGCCAAUGAUACCAUGUUAGCCUUAGAGGACAUUGUGGAUUGGCUUCCUGGGGAAGAAGUCAUCAUUAGUGGACUCACCCUGGAAGGUUCCCAAGAGCAAGAAGAAGUUGCUAUCAUAGAGAGUGUGCACGGUGCAGACCUCUACCUUAGUUCACCUUUGAGAUAUUCUCAUGGCUUUAUAGAACAUAAUGUAGCUGGAUAUCAUUUCACUUUGAGGGCUAUAGUGGCUCUACUCAGCAGGAACAUUGCCAUCAAAGGAAAUCUCACCAGUGAGAGGGUGGCACACCUUGAUCUGUGUACUGAAGCCAAGAUUUCAGAAAAUGGUUUCCAGCACUGCUUGUAUUCAAGGAGCAAAAAGAAUUUUGGAUUCGUUGAUCUGGGGGCUGUGGUUAUUAUGCAGUCCUUCCCAGGAGAACCCAGCCAGGUCCAACUACAAGGAGUCCACUUUCAGUACAUGGGACAAGCCUUUCAGAGACACUUAUGUGCACUAAAUGUGAUUGGAUCUAUGAAAAAUUCAUAUAUCCGGGGAUGUUCAUUGUGGGAUUCCUUCAGCAGGGGCCUUAGCCUGUCCAAGACCUCAAAUCUCAUUGUGGAGAAAAACGUGUUCUAUAACAUUUUAGGCCAUGGAAUACUAGUUGGGACUUACAUGGAAAUGAGACAUCACCCUUGGAAGGCCGUCCCCAGAAGAAAAACUGACUUCUCAAGACAGGGCAAUAUAGUAAGAAACAAUGUGGUAAUUGGAGUUUUGGGAACUGAAGGUCUUUCUAAUAUUGAGGUAUUGUCACCAGCUGGCAUCUACAUCCAAGAUCCAACCAAUGCUGUAGAGAGAAACAUGGUGUGUGCUGCUGGAUAUGGUUAUUUCUUUCAUCUUGCAACCAGUGAAACUUCGAAAGCUCCUCUUCUCUCCUUCGCUCAAAAUAUAGCCCAUUCCUGCAAAAGGUAUGGUCUCCUGGUAUAUCCCAGUUUUGAACCUCCACAAGCAAAUGAUACUGGUCCCACUUUGUUCCAGAAUUUCACAGUUUGGGGAAGCCAAGGUGGUGUUCAGAUUUUCAGAAGCAGCAAUCUUCAGCUUAAAAAUUUCCAUAUUUAUCCAUGCAAAGAUUUUGGGAUUGACAUCUUAGAAAGUGAUGCAAAGUCUUCAGUUACUGAUAGCUUAUUGCUUGGUCAUUAUGCUUCUAAGCAAGGUAUCUCAUAUAUGUCAACCGGAUUAAAAACCCCUAAGAGACAGGAAUUGUUGGUGUCCAAAACAACCUUUGUGAAUUUUGAUAGAAACAACUGUUUUGCUAUAAGAACCUGCUCAAGCUGUUAUAGAGGACAAGGUGGAUUUACUGUGAAGACUGAACAACUGAAGUUUCUAAACUCUCCUAAUAGAGUAGCAUUCCCAUUUCCUCAUGCAGCUAUUGUCAAAGACCUGGAUGGUUCUAUUUCUGGGAAGAAGGAAAGUUACCUUCUUGCCUCUGUGGAAAAUCUUGCUUCAUCCUGUCAGGCCAACCAAAGUUUUGGUCAGACUUUCAGGGGCAGUAUUUGUGGCCCAGAUGUAAUCUUUCAUCGCAUGUCUAUUGGACUUGCUGAAGCACCAGAUGUUGUUUAUGAUUUGACAUUGACUGACAGUAGAAAUCAGACAACCACUGUCAAUUUUGUAUAUGACACGUUGUCAAACCUAUAUGGUUGGAUGGCUCUACUUUUGGAUCAAGACACCUACUUGCUGAGAUUUGAGGCUCCUUGGAUCAACACAAAUCUUCAGAGAUAUGAUUUCCAAAUGACUGAAAACCAGUGUGCUGUUAGGAUGUGCUGUUAGUGACCUAUCUGUUUUCCACAGUAUUCAGCAACAUUUGAUAAUUUUACUUCUGGAAAUUACCUGUUGGUAGUGCACAAAGACUUGCAGCCACAUGCUGACAUCCUGUUGAUGUGUGGGACUAGAACUGGCCAGUCCCUUUUAUCUCCUCCAUCUGUCACUCAUGACAAGGCGUGUGAUUGGUUCUUCAACAGCCAGUUGGGGGAGCUUACUUAUUUGGUUUCAGGUGAAGGCCAAGUUCAGCUUACCCUCCUGGUGAAGGAAGCAAUUAUUCCAACAACUCCAGUUCCAUCUGCUGUACCUGAAUCCAUUUUAAAAUGGUCCCAUCCUACAACAUGGAAAGAUGUUGAAGAAGGCUGGGGUGGAUAUAAUCAUACCACCCCAGCACCAGGUGAUGAUGUUGUGAUCUUACCCAACAGGACCAUCCUCGUAGACACCGAUCUCCCUUUUCUUAAAGGUCUCUACGUGCUGGGAACCCUAGAAUUUCCUGUGAACCGGAGCAAUGUUUUAAAUGUAGCUUGUAUUAUUGUUGCAGGUGGUGAGCUGAAAGUCGGUUCUUUUUCUGAGCCCUUACAGAAAGGGCAAAAACUUUUGAUCCAGCUUCAAGUUUCUGAGGGAAUCUAUUGUGAUCGUUUGGAUGGAAUUAAUGUUGCUUCAGGAACUAUUGGGGUUUAUGGGAAGGUGCAGCUCCAUAGUGCAUACCCCAGGAAGGCCUGGACACAUCUUGGAGCUGACAUUGCAUCAGGAAAUGAGAGGAUUCUAGUGGAGGAUGCAGUUGAUUGGAGACCAGAAGACAAGAUUGUACUAAGUUCUUCAUCUUAUGAACCUCAUGAAGCAGAAAUCCUCACUAUAAAGGAAGUUAUAGGUCAAAGUGUUAGAAUCCAUGAAUAUCUCAACCAUCGACACCUUGGAAGUUCCCAUUCAAUUGAAGAUGGCAGGCACAUUUCUCUGGCUGCUGAGGUGGGCCUCCUGACUCGAAAUAUUAAAAUCCAGCCUGAUGUUCCAUGUGGUGGAAGAAUGGUCGUGGGGUCCUUUCAAAAGCCCAGUGGAGAAGAAUUUUCAGGUACCCUUCAGCUUUCAAAUGUGGAAAUCCAGAAUUUUGGAUCUUUGUCCUAUCCAUCUAUUGAAUUCAAUAAUGUAUCUUUGGGAUCUUGGAUCAUCUCUUCCACUGUGCACCAGAGCUGUGGAGGGGGUAUUUAUGUAUAUUUCAGCAAAAGUAUUUUCUUAUAUGAUAAUGUUUUGUUUAAUACCAUUGGCCAUGGUAUUGAUCUAGAAGGUCAAAAUCACUCCCUCAUCAAGAACCUCAUUGUCCUGACAAAGCAGCCACAAAAAGCAAUGGACUGGGUAACAGGAAUCAAGUUGAACCGGGCCAAUGAUGUCAACCUUGUGGGGAAUGCUAUAGCAGGAUCAGAGAGAAUUGGCUUCCAUAUCAGGGGCCAUAAUUGUUCAAUGACUGAAAAUCUUUGGAUUGGAAAUGUGGUCCAUUCAAGCCUUCAUGGACUCCAUCUGUAUAAAGGAGAUGAAUUAUACAACUGUACUAGGAUCUCUGGGUUCCUUUCAUACAAGAACUUUGAUUAUGGGGCCAUGUUCCACGUGAAAAGCAACUUGGAGAUAGAUAAUGUGACCCUGGUGGACAAUGUUGUUGGCCUUCUUCCAUUAAUAUAUACAUCCUCUGCUGAACAGUGUGCCUUAGAAAAGAAACAGAUAAUUCUCAGGAAUUCAAUCAUUGUUGCCACAAGCUCUUCUUUUGACUGCAUAGAAGACAGAAUUAAACCUCUUUCUGCUGACCUCACAUCAAGAGAUCGAGCCCCACGUAAUCUCAGAGGGGGUCGGGUUGGCAUAUUGUGGCCUGGAUUCACUGGGGAACCAAAUCAAUGGCCUCAAAAUGCAUGGCACAAAGUGAAGAAUUAUCCUUCUGUCUUAGGAAUCAUGAAGCUUGACGGAGUCACCUUUUCUGACUUUGUGAAUAGCUGCUAUAGCAAUGACUUAGAUGUCUGCAUUCUGCCGAAUCCUGAUAGCACUGGCAUUAUGCCCCCAAUCACAGCUCAGAGGACAAAGAUGUUCAAGGUCAAAGAUCGGAACAAGUUCUACUUCUCUCUGACUCAAUUCAGGAAGGAAACAGGGAAAAUGGUCUGUCUUGAAUUGGACUGUGAAGGUUCAAUAAAGUAUCUUUUUAAAGACUUAGAUGGCAGUGCCCUCGAUCUGCCACCACCAAUUUCUGUUUUUCCAAAAUCCAAGUCAGAAAGUGUUGGAUCCUGCUUCAGCACAGGUAUAUAUAGAGAAGACCGGAAAUGUACCUAUAGACCAUGGAUGCAAGGCUAUGUCUGCAAACAGAUGGAUUAUGCACUUUUAAUUCUUGACAGAAUUACCAUUGCUCCAGGGAUGAAAAAUCUAUCUCCAGUGAUUUCAGUGACAAAUGGUUUUGUGCAAACCUUCAGUAGUGUAGCUGCUUAUCCCUCCUGCUCUGCUUCUUUACCUAUACCAGCUUUCUAUUCUGUUUUGCCAACCAACUCAGUCACCAAAAUUUGCUUUGUGAAUUGGACUCCCCAAGCAAUGCGUUUUUAUCUUAGUGGGAGUGAAAAGUCCUCUAAAGUUCUGGCUAUAUUCUACCCUGAGCUUCAGAGUCCUCUGGUUUUCUUCCGUGGACAUUUUAUCCCACCUACUCCAGUUCUAUCAGACUCUUGGCAAGAGAGUGGGGCUGCUGGCAGUAACCACUUCAGUUUCAUGGACAAUCUGUUGUAUAUCCUUCUACGAGGGGAUGAGCCUGUUGAAGUGCAUUCUGUAGUUUCUAUCCAUGUAGCCUUCACGGUGACAUUAUCAAUCACAGUGGAAGGCUGGGAACUAGCCAUUCAGCAAAGAUUGGCUCAUUUCUUACAGGUUGGCCGAGAGGAUAUAAGAAUUGUUCAUAUAAUACCAGGUGGUGAAUGGACCUUAAAAACCAUUGCAGAUGCUGUGACCAAAAGGAAACACCACUGCCCAACUGAGACCUUUUGCACUAGUUGCCAAAGCAUGGUUCAGCAUAGAAGACUCAAAAGGAAGUUGAAACCAUGGAUCCCACCACCAACUGAUUCAGAAACCAAUUCAAAAGUGGUGGUCACUGAAAUUGGUGAUCUAUCAGCUAUAGGAAGUGUCAAAGUGACUCCAUCCUUAUCCAUUAACACAUUGCAGUGUUUGGCUCGCCGCAUUAUCACUGCUCAACAGACUGGGGAACUGCAGGAAGCCCUGGAUAUGCCAAUUGAGGCCCUGAUGAUCAGUCAGUCAGCUGGAGUAGUUACUUCUGGAAAUUCAAGUGGUCUUGAAACUGGUGGUGUGGUAUAUAUACGACCAUAUACACUUUCGGUCCAAGUUCAACCAUCUAAUGGAGAAGUGGGAAUACAGCUUCCAGUGCAACCACACCUUGUCUUUCUGGAUAAACAGGGUUGGGUAGUAGAAUCAUUAGGACCUCCUUCAGAACCUUGGAUUGUGACUGUUUCUCUGGAGGGGGCAGCAGAAACUGUAUUGAAAGGGCAGACCCAAUCAGAAGUUCACCAUGGCCAAGUAAGCUUCUCCAAUCUGGCUGUCUCAAGCUCCGGGUCAAACUGGUACUUUCUUUUCACUGUGAUAUCCCCACCAGGUGCCAAAUUUACUGCUCGAUCUGGCCCAUUUACAGUGUUUCCUGUUAACAAGGGAGAAAAAUCUACCAUCCUUAUGACUCUUGUUUUGUGUUCAGCUUUUUCAUGGGUUGCUUUGUGCUUUCUGGUGUUUUGUUGGUUUAAGAAAAGAAAAAUCAAAAAAACAAAAACUGAUGAGACUUCUGAAGUUCAGGAAGAUGACAAAAAGAAAAUUCAUCAGAACAUAACUCAACAUCAUAUACAUCACAUGAGGCUUCAAGGAAAACUGGAAGAGUCUGAAAAAGAGGCCACCAUGAUACAACAAUAUAUGAGACAAAAGAACACACCAUGCAAAAUGAACCAUCUGCCUCAUCAACAGUCACUGAAUGAAUUAUCAAGACGAACAGCCGGGACUGGGCAUAGGCAAGGAGAAAUCAAGGAAGAAGGCACUUCCCCAAUGGAUGGCAUUUCUUACCUUCCAUCUCAAGACCAUAUUCUCACUGUCAGUGCUCCUGCUCAUCAAGUAGCUAUCCAGGAAGUCAGAAAUUGGAAGGAUGCUCAAGCACAGUUAGUUGGGUAUGAAUUAGCAGAACAAAAUCAAUUACUAGUGCUAUAUCCUGGCUUCCAUCAAGAAGGUCAAAGGCUACAGGAGCAGAGACAUCUGGCAAAAAAAAAUGGUGACCUGGACUUCUGUUGGGAAAGGAAAACUUCCCAAGCAGAGUCAGAGAUUUUUCACCCACAUUCAUUACAGCAGGCAUCUAUUCAGGGACAAUUGUGAUCAAAUAGAAGCCUAACCAUUUGGGUAUUAAAAUAAAAAAUGUUGCAAAUUCUUCAAAUUUAGAUCAAGGUCAGAGAAAAUCUGAAAUAUGAGAGGUGCCUGGAAGGGAAUAAAUUGGCACGGGUGUGUUUGUGUGUGUGUGUGGGGGUGAAGGUGUCAUGUACAUGUGUACAUACAUGUACUUUCUUUAAAAUGGCAAGCAGGGAAGGCUUCAAAUAGUUAUAUAGUUUCUCUCCUAUUCUACCAUGGUCCAAUUUAUAGCCAAAACAAUUCUGGGCCUAUAACAGAUACACUAAUUACUUAAUCAAUUGAUGGAAACAUCAUAUAUGAUUUUAGCAAGAAAGAAAUAACAUUUCCCCCAACAAGUCAACAAAUAUUUAUUAAAUGACUAUUAUGUGUCAUAAAAUUGGAGUAAUGUUGACAUAUCAAGACAGAUUUCUGUGGAGGCUUGUUAGGUACUUCAGGCAGACACAGACACACACACACACACACACACACACACACACACACACA